UCUCGUGUCGGCUGCUGCACAGAGAGCACGCGAAGAAAACUUUCUGCACAACUUUAUUUCAUUUUUGUAUUUAUUUUUUGAACGUUUAUUUCUAUCGCAAAACCUACGUAUAUUUCAACGGAAUUCAUUUAAACACUGAAUCCUAUCAAAGGUGGAAAGAUCCAGCAAAGCGGACGACUUCUUUUAAAUUACUAGCCUCCUGAAAAGGCGAAAGGAAUGUGAUCUUGUUGACGGGAAGGCUGGAUCUGUGUGGAGUCGCUCGGCGCUGAAAGAAACAGGAGUUUGUUUGUAUCUGGCUAACAAUCAAGUCAUUUUUUCAUCCCAGCAUAGUGCUCCCUAUUCGGUUUAUACUUUGACGCAUUUUUUCGGCGUUGAAUCUGCGCUCAGCUUAUUAGAACGAAACUUUGGGGAGUUCAGCUGGGGAAAACUCGCUGACAAAGAACACAGCCGGUGCAGCCGGAGGAAAUUGUGUUUUCCUCUCCCUGUGCCUUUGCCGAUUUCAUCCCAUUCCCGGAGGAGUGAGCGGAGAUGGAAUAUUACAAAAAGUAGGAAUUCAGCAACAGCAAGAAGAAUAGAAACUGCAGCCUAUCCAUUUUAAAGGAGAAAUAGCCUAAUCACUACCCGGACUCUUGAAUUUGGAAAUGUAUCAAUUUUUAAAAAGAAAUUAUACAGUACAUGCAUAAUUUAUUUGUAAAGAACGAUCUCCAUUUUUAAUUUGGUGAUGCCUUUUUGGAUGGUUGCUUCAAGGAAUCUGGCCCACUCUGAAUCGUGUAAUUAAACAGUGGCUGGCUAUUUAUCGAAACCAAACUGAUAAUUUAAAAUAUGCUGAGCACUUUCUGAUUUGUAUUCUUGGAGAGACGCAAGCGCAUCUGUUGUCCAUCACUGAUGUGGGGUUCACGGUCGGCGAGGACACGGCCGAGCUGACAGUGCUUCUUACAAAAACAAAUAGUUGUUUUCCUUAAAUCAGUUGGAGACCAUAUUUUUUGACGGAGUAUUUUUCUGCUAAUAUGGAACAUGUGCAAUGGACGGUCAUCGCUGCGCUCUUGGUGCUGUUCGGGUUUCUCCACCAGUCUACGGCCGAAGAAGAAGUCCUGAUGAACACAAAGCUGGAGACCUCGGACCUUAAGUGGACCAUCUACCCCCAGUUGGAACCAGAGUGGGAGGAGGUGAGCGGAUUGGACGAGGAGAGCAACAGCGUGCGGACCUAUCAGGUGUGCCCGGGGGACAGCUCAGGGAACCACUGGCUGCGCAGCACGCUGAUCCAGCGGCGGGGGGCCACUCAGGUGUACGCUGAGCUGCGCUUCACCAUGAUGGAGUGCUCCUCGCUCCCCUCGCACCACCGCAGCUGCAAGGAGACCUUCAACCUCUUCUACUACCAGGCCGACUCGGACGAGGCCACGUCCAGCCACCCGCCCUGGAUGGAGAACCCCUACACCAAGGUGGACACGGUGGCAGCAGACUUCCUCCUGCGGAAGGGCGGGGAGCGCAAGUCGAACAUAAAGACGCUGCGUCUGGGCCCGCUGUCCAAGCGGGGCUUCUACCUGGCCUUCCAGGCGCAGGGGGCCUGCAUGGCCCUGCUGUCGGUGCGCGUCUUCUUCAAGAAGUGCCCGGCCCUCACGCGCUCCUUCUCCUACUUCCCCGAGACGGUGCCGCACACGCUGGUGCAGCAGGCGCAGGGCCGCUGCGUGGACCACGCCCUGCAGCCCGGCGUUCAGCCCGCCCCGCCUCACAUGUUCUGCGGGGAGGACGGCCAGUGGGUGGACCACCCCACCACCAACUGCGCCUGCACACCCGGCUACGAGCCCGUGGACACCGACGUGAGCUGCCGAGCGUGCCCAGUGGGGCAGUUCAAGCCGGGGCCCGGCGCUGGCCUCUGUCGGAGCUGCCCUCAGUUCAGCAGUGCGGCGGUGGCGGGUUCUGCAGUGUGCGUGUGUCGACCGGGCUACUACCGCGGAGAGUCCGACCCCCCCGGAGUCCACUGCACCAAGCCUCCCACAGCCCCGCGUAGCAUCGUGACGCAGAUCAACGACACCUUGCUGACGCUGGAGUGGAGCGAGCCCCUGGAGGGGGGGGGGCGGCUGGACCUGAGCUACAGGGUGGAGUGCCAGCGCUGUGGGGCCCUGGGGGGCCCCUGCUCCUCCUGCGGGGACAGCGUGAGCUACCGGCCCUCGCAGAGCGGCCUGUCCGCCCGCAAGGUGGUGGUCUGGGGCCUGCUGCCCCACACCACCUACACCUUCUCCAUCCAGGCCCUCAACGGGGUGUCUCAGAGGAGCGGGAGCGAGCCGGCCAGCGAGAGCGUCAACAUCACCACCAGCCGCGACGUUCCAGUGCCGGUUCCUGAUAUUAAGAGGAGCAGAGCAACAGAGAGCAGCCUCACUCUGCACUGGCAGGCCCCUCCACAGCCCCACUACAACAUCCUGGAGUACCAGCUCCGCUACUGCGAGAAGGACAAACAGAACGACGACGUGGGCUGGCGCUACACAGAGACCAAGACCAACCAGGUGGUCCUGAGCGAGCUUCGCCGGGCCACUCAGUACGAGGUCCAGGUGCGCGCCCGCACCAUGGCCGGGUACGGCAUCUUCAGCCGAACCUCGGUCUUCCGCACCCUGCCUGACGAAGAUGAGUCUCACUCCCAGCUGAUGGUGACCGGCGUCCUGGCCGCCAUGGGCCUGCUGCUGCUCAUCUCCAUCAUCGCCAUCUCCAUCUUCUGCUUCCGAAAGCACAGCAGAGUGAAGGACCCAGAGCUCAGCGACAAGAACGGACAGUACCUGAUUGGCCAGGGCAUUAAGGUGUACAUUGACCCCUUCACCUACGAGGACCCCAACGAGGCGGUGCGGGAAUUUGCGAAGGAGAUAGACGUGUCCUUCGUCAAGAUCGAGGAGGUCAUUGGAGCCGGUGAGUUUGGGGAGGUGUGUCGUGGCCGGCUGAGGGUCCCGGGGAAGAAGGAGAACUACGUGGCCAUCAAGACGCUGAAGGGCGGCUACACGGAGAAGCAGAGGCGGGACUUCCUGAGCGAAGCGAGCAUCAUGGGACAGUUCCAGCAUCCCAACAUCAUCCACCUGGAGGGGGUCAUCACGGCCAGCUGCCCAGUCAUGAUCCUCACAGAGUACAUGGAGAACGGGGCUCUGGACUCUUUCCUCCGGCUGAACGACGGGCAGUUCACGCCCAUCCAGCUGGUGGGCAUGUUGCGCGGCAUCGCGUCGGGCAUGAAGUACCUCUCCGAGAUGAGCUACGUGCACCGGGACCUGGCGGCCCGGAACAUUCUGGUCAACAGCAACCUGGUGUGCAAGGUGUCCGACUUUGGCCUGUCACGCUUCCUCCAGGAGAACUCCUCCGACCCCACCUACACCAGCUCCCUGGGCGGUAAGAUCCCCAUCCGCUGGACGGCCCCAGAGGCCAUCGCAUUCCGCAAGUUCACGUCGGCGUCGGACGCCUGGAGUUACGGCAUCGUCAUGUGGGAGGUCAUGUCCUUCGGCGAGAGACCCUACUGGGACAUGAGCAACCAGGAUGUCAUCAACGCCAUCGAGCAGGACUACCGGCUGCCCCCGCCCCCAGACUGCCCCACCUCUCUGCACCAGCUGAUGCUGGACUGCUGGCAGAAGGAGCGAGCCGCCCGGCCCCGAUUCGCCGCCAUCGUCAGCGCCCUGGACAAGCUGAUCCGCAACCCCGCCUCGCUGAAGAUCGUGGCCCGGGAGGGAGCAGGGCCCUCGCACCCCCUGCUGGACCAGCGAAGCCCCCCGCCCCUCUCUGCCUGCGGCUCCGUGGGAGAGUGGCUCAGGGCCAUCAAGAUGGGUCGCUAUGAGGACAGCUUCAUGCAGGCCGGCUUCACGUCUUUCGAACUGGUCUCCCAGAUAUCCACAGAGGACCUCCUGCGCAUCGGGGUGACUCUGGCCGGACAUCAGAAGAAGAUCCUCUCCAGCAUCCAGACCCUGAGAGCGCACAACAAGAGCCCCAGCACCGUGCACUACUAACGCGGAGAGAGCUGCCCGUCGCACUCACACUUCCCAGCAUGCCCCGCUCCUUUCCGGCUGAGAGCGUCCACGGACCCGGCGACCCCCCCCCCCCCCCCCCACCGUUCUUCCAGAUCCAGUUUCAUCCCGCGCUGCUACACUCGACGCAGCCAAACCUGACCGCCCGCAAGACCAGCUGUAUGGACAGCUGCCUGCCAGUCAACUCCCCCAUGUCGCUGCAGUGUGUCCCAUUGGCCGUUCAGCUCAAAGCCACUUCAUCUACACCUCUUUACAUUGACUCUCAGUGCCCUGCCCCCGCUACUUUCAUAUUCAAAUGCUCCUCCGCCUCUGCACAGUGGAGUGGCCCUGCCCACCCCUGUAUGGAGGAACUUGGCCAGAGCCAAUGAAUAGGAGACCAUCAUCAAUCACCACUGACAUGAACAUCUCCCUUAACUGUGACCCUUCGGUGUGUGUGUGUGUGUGUGUGUGUGUGUGACGGUGUGACCCAUGGUGCCGUUUACUCUUUCAGUGCCCCUGACCACAGCCACUCUUCCCAGAAUCCCCUUCUGCCUGCAACCCAGCUAUAGACUGACUCAACUUCAGGGAGAAGAUGACAUCACAAUGCCAGCACACCAAUGGGUGUGCAGAGCUUGGCUGUACUUGGGGUACUGAUUGGUUGGGGGGAAAAAAAAGGAGGCUUGUAUCUUCCAACAGAGUGCGUUUGGACCACUAUAUCAGAACAUUUUAUUUGUACCUGUGAAAAUGAAACGCGUGUCAGAGAAUGUGUACGAAACGCCCACGUGGAGGAAUGACACAUUUCAGACAGGACGGAAGUGUGACUGUGCUUGAGCCGAGAAGCCAUACAGUCGCAUUUCCUCUUGGGAUUACCUGAUAUUCCCUUCUGUUUAUACGGACUACGGAAGCCCGCCGCUACCGGCCGAGAUGUUGAACAAACUGUCAGACGCGGGCCUUUUAAUCUGCAAGCGGGCUCUCCCGUUUAAAUAAGAUGAUUAUUUUUAAACCCCGAAUCAGUCUCCGGUUCAGGACGAGAAGGGCCUGAAUCAAUAUUAGCACUUUCUUUUUAGAUUUUAAAGGUAUUUAGUUAGAUGAAGUGAUUUCGUAAACGCGUCCACUCAUUGCCUUGUCAGGGGCUGAAUCCCCUUCAGAGUGAGAGAGUCGUCCGCGGAGGAGAGGACAGGAGACCCAACUGACACAAGAACAGACCGAGAUAUUACUUUUACUGAAUCCUUUAGAAAUGGACUUUGAUUUUAAAGAAGCCAUAAAUCAGGGUUUGUUAUGAUUGUAACUAUUCUUGAUAUUAUCCUAAGUUGUAUGCAGACGAGGCUUCCUGUCCAAAGAGACCUUGCGGCAGUAGUGGUCAUCCGUGGCCAGUUCUAUUCCCCUGCUCACUCCGGCUGUACCCCGGCGGUGACUCACGGUCUCCCCACCCCAAUACUACAACCCCCCCCCCCCCCCGUGACCGUCCCAGAGCCUUAACCAGCACCACUACGACCGCUGUCCCUGCUGCAAUCGAACUUUGACCCCCCCCUAAGAAGGAAGCACAGCGCCUCUUGGGAAUUCUGGGAGUAUAAAUGUGAUCUUCACAUUGAAGGUCUGUUAUUAAACCAAGAAAUGUUUUUUUAGUUAUGAUUUUGCCUUUUAUAAGUACAAAUAUAUAUAUGAAUGAGUAUAUAUAUAUAUGAGCAAAUGGGUACCGGGACUGUGCCUUCGUUCCCGACAGUGUCUAAUCUCUGUGUCCAGUUGCAAUAAAGAUCAGCACUGUUUAUCCAA